AUGGCUUCCAACCUCGACAUCCCGGACGAAGCGCCGCCUCCCUAUAACCCCAUUGACCCGCUCACCCCAGCUUCAAGCAUUGAAUCUGCCACAACAGCAGAUGCAGCAGAGCCGCCCUUUGAUGACAAUGAUAUUCAAAUCCCAUCCUAUGGCAGCUUAGUACCUCCUAACUUUAUAUCUGCAGUUCCAUACUUUAGGGAGCGGGCUCCAUCACUCCCUCACCAAGUUGAGUCACUGGAGCCAGUUCUCGAACAUAUGCUCACAAUCUAUCCCCGAAGCCAAUCGAAAGACUACCAGCGUUUUCCUAAAUGUCUGCGGCCUCGCUCUACCGAAAUCACCCAGCAUGACUGGAACACAUUCCUCAACUACCUAUUCCCCACCCAUCUGGCUCCCGCAGGUAGCCAGCCUCAUCUACCCCGAAAGCUUCGUGCUGAGAUCGAGCGCGAUCGCAAGGACUGUGCGCAGGAAGGUGACGACGGGCGCCAAGCAAGGAUAUACGCAGUCAUCUCCGAGUGGAACCAGUGCUUUUUUGCACCCAGAUCGGUUAGAAUUCUCUGUAUCUAUGUUUCAUCCACGGGUUCCCCACCCCCAACACAUCUGUGUCCAAAGUGUUAUCCCUCAGCUGUGAGGUCAUUGCCUGUACGGAGUGGACCUUCCAUGGAUGGAUCCAGUCUUGUCCGGACCGGAACGACCCCUGCAUUUCCAGCACAAUACUCAAACCCUCGUUGCCCGGUAGCGGGCCAUUCGAACAGUAACUCUGUUCUUACCCCAGAAGUCAGCAUAGUCACUGCGCAGGGAUCCACUUCGAUCCCGUAUCCAACUCGGUAUCGCAAUUGCGGAAUGGCGGGCCACAGCGCAUAUGACUCCAAAUCCGCCCCAUCAUUUGGAAUUACAGGUGCCAUCGUGAACUGGGCCACUCAGUUUAGUGAACGUGCCGAACAAUACGGCCAAUGGGUCGGCGAACAGGCAACUGUGCAUGGGAAGCGGGUAGAGAAAUGCAGCCAGAAGUAUGGCCGGGUGGUCGAAGAGCAGGCCAAGGCUAAAGGUGAAUUCAUAGAAAAGCAAGCGAAGUGGCUUGGAAGCAUGGGGCGAGGUCUCGGAUUCCACAGGACACAUCCCUGGGGCUCCUUCGCGAACAAGCAUCAUCACCAUGGUUUUCCGCACAGCGGCCCAUCGGCACGCCAUAACCCCAGCCAGUUUGAUCACUGUUGCACUCGCGGCUAUGCUGGCUAUGCUGGCUAUGGACAUCCAUGGGUUGGAUGGGAAAGCCGUCGGCAAAAUGGACGCACAGGACAGCUUCAGCGUCAGCGGAACGCAUCCGUCUCAUCAACGUUAUCUUCAUCCUCCUCGUCUUCGUCAUCUUCUUCGUCAUCGUCAUCUCCAUCAUCGUCUUCAGAUUCGGAUUCCUCAUUCCCGUCCUCUCAAUCUUCAUCCUCCGACAGACAUGCUGUAGGCUUUGCAGAAUUCAGAGAGAAGAUCCGUAGCAUUCGGCGGAAACACGAACAGAGUCAAAACAGCGCUCUGGUGGUGGCGCACCGUCCGGAUGUCAAUUCCCUCCGCCAGGAACUCCGUAUGCUUAGAACGGCGUACAAGCAGUUCCGCUACUGCAAGAAAAGAAACCACAGCUCCAACGUCCAUAAAUUUCCACCAUGGGCAGCUGCACGUAACUCUAGCAACAGCACCACCGGUGAUAUGGAAACCAAGGAAGCUCAAGUCGUCCUGAAACAGAAUAUACGAAACACCAAGAAGGAAUUCCGCGCUUUGGUUUCGCAGAUUAGAAACGAGAAGAAAGAGAUAUUGCGCCAAAGGCGACAGAGGAGAAAGGAAGCCAGGAGAGAAAAGAAGAAGCAGAGGAAGAAGAAUGAAGGAAAAAGGAAGUGUAAGUCUUAA